UCAAAUUUAACCGACGCGCCCCGAUCCGCUCCUUUCCGCUCGCCAGUUUCAUUCUUUCACUGUUUGUUCAGCACACGCUGACGAGAUCUCGCUGUAGAAACGAGCUCCACAGGCAACCGUUCUAAAUAUGUUGGGUCGCAAUGAGAAGGAGAAAGGAGUGAAUGUUCAGGUUCUGCUGCGUUGCAGGCCGUUUAGUGAGGAUGAAUUGCGGAACAAUGUGCCGCAAGUUGUAUCGUGCAACGAAUACCAGAGAGAGGUCUCAGUUUCGCAAAACAUUGCCGGCAAGCAUAUUGACAGGGUUUUUACUUUUGAUAAGGUGUUUGGACCUAAUGCUCAACAAAGAGAUCUUUAUGAUCAAGCCGUUGUUCCAAUUGUAAAUGAGGUUUUGGAAGGUUUUAACUGUACAAUAUUUGCCUAUGGACAAACUGGCACUGGAAAGACUUAUACCAUGGAAGGUGACUGCAAGAGAUCAAAGGGUGGUGCAAGUCGGGAUCUGCCACCUGGAGCUGGAGUGAUACCCAGAGCUGUAAAGCAAAUUUUUGACACAUUAGAGAGUCAAAAUGCAGAAUACAGUGUGAAAGUCACUUUCUUGGAGCUAUAUAAUGAAGAGAUUACAGAUUUACUUGCCCCUGAAGAUUUGUCUAGAGUUGCACUUGAAGACAAGAAAAAGCAAUUGCCACUAAUGGAAGAUGGGAAAGGUGGUGUCCUAGUCAAAGGUCUAGAAGAAGAAAUUGUGACAAGUGCAAGUGAGAUUUUAACUUUGAUUGAAAGGGGAUCUGCUAAGCGACGAACAGCUGAAACCCUACUUAACAAGCAAUCAAGUCGAUCACAUUCACUGUUCUCCAUAACCAUACAUAUAAAAGAAGUAACACCAGAAGGAGAAGAGCUCAUAAAAUGUGGCAAGUUGAAUUUGGUAGAUUUGGCUGGUUCAGAGAACAUCUCGCGAUCCGGUGCUAGGGAGGGGAGGGCAAGAGAAGCUGGAGAAAUAAAUAAAAGUUUGCUUACACUAGGACGGGUGAUCAGCGCAUUAGUAGAGCAUCUUGGGCAUGUUCCAUAUAGGGAUAGCAAACUCACACGUUUGCUCCGUGAUUCAUUGGGAGGAAGAACUAAGACAUGCAUUAUUGCUACUGUAUCACCAGCUGUUCAUUGUCUGGAGGAAACACUUAGCACAUUGGAUUAUGCCCACAGAGCUAAGAAUAUUAAAAAUAAGCCUGAGGUAAAUCAAAAGAUGAUGAAAUCAACUUUGAUCAAGGAUCUCUAUGGUGAAAUAGAACGGCUGAAAGCAGAGGUUUAUGCUUCACGCGAAAAGAAUGGGGUCUACAUUCCUAAGGAGCUUUAUUAUCAGGGAGAGAAUGAAAGAAAGGCAAUGGCUGAUCAGAUAGAACAAAUGGGUGUGACAUUAGAAAACUAUCAGAAGAAAAUUGAGGAACUGCAAUCCAAAUACCAGACCCAGGUUGAGCAAUGUACUGACUUGAGCAACAGACUGGAUGAGACACUUGCAGAUUUCAACCGGACAAGCAAGUUGUUGGCAGACAGUGAGUAUGAACUCCAGAGCUGCCGGUAUUCAGUCAAGGAAAGGGACUUUAUUAUAUCUGAGCAGAAGAAAGCAGAGAAUGCACUGGCCCGUCAAGCAUGUGCAUUACGGGCUGAUUUGGAAAAAUCUCAGAAGGAUAAUGCCUCUCUAUUUCUCAAACUCGCCCGGGAAGAGAAAAUGAAUGCUGCUAACAGGUCAACUGUUGACAGCUUUCAAGCCGAUCUUACGCAACAGCUCAGUAUGCUAUGCAACUUGGUGACAGGAUCUGUGUCCCAACAGGAUGAACACCUACAAUGUGUUGAGAAAAUAUGUAAUUCUCUACUUGAAGUUCAUGAAAAGGCGUCCACUGAAUUGAAGAAAAAAGUAUGCUCCUCUAAGGUUUUGUGUAUUUCUCAUUUCGAAGCUGUUCAAAAUGGUAUUCGUCUGCAUAAUGCUGGAUGUAAUGCUGGUUUAGAUGAACUGUCGACCAUGGCUGCUUCCAACUCAAAAGCAAUUCAAGAUUUAUUAAAUUCGGAGGCUAUUGAAGUGGAAUCACUGUUUGCUGAUCUUCGCCGAACGCUAACUGAUCACCAAGUAGAAAUGGCUCACUUAGCAGGAGAGCUUCGAGAGAGAUUCAAUGCUAGCAUAAAUCACAUGAUGAACACGUCAGAAUCCCUUCAUGAAGCUAUUGAGAGGCUUUCAAUAGAAUCAAUAAGGCUUGGCAACCAUGCUGCUGAAAUUGAUGAAGCUCAGACAAAAUGCAUUUCUGAAUUUCAGAAAGCCUACGAGGAACAAUCCAGAUCAGAUGCUGAGAAACUUAUAUCUGAGAUGACUAAUCUCGUUUCUGCUUGCAUGAGUCGGCAGAAGAAGAUGGUGGGUACAAGGCUGUGUGAACUUACAGAAACUGUAAAUGAGAACAAGAAAACUUUUGAUGGGCAUGUUUCAACUAUGGAUGGUAUUACGAAAGAUUUAAAAAGGAAAUGGGAGGAUUGUUUUACCCAAGCUGAGAGUGACUUUAAGGAUAAUGCUGGCUUCACAGCUGCUAAGCAUUGUCGUAUGGAGUUAUUGUUACAGAAAUGCGUAAACACGGCCGAUACAGCUUCAAACCAUUGGCAAAGAACUCAACAAUCAUUGAUAGAUAUUGGUAAUCAGCAUGCCUCGACGAUUGCUUCAAGUGUGAGGAAAACAACCGAGAAUAACGAGCAACAUGAUAUUGAAAUUGAACUUAUGAGAGUUACAGUCGAGGGAGCAGUGGAGAAGAGCUCCGAGGAAAUCAUUGAAAGCCUUAAUGGCUUAUCAGAACAAGAGAGACAACCCAUUUCCGAAAUUCAGACAACUACGAGCGCUCAUUCAGAAACAAUCAAAAACUUCAAGAGCAACCAUUCUCAGCAGGCAGCCUGCAUAGAAGAGAAUGCCGAUGUCACCUUCCGGCAAAAGUAUAAGGAUUACGAACCAAGUGGGUCCACGCCUGCAAAGUGUGAGGCGGAUAUCCCAAGCAAGAGCAGCAUCGAGGCGCUUCGCGCCAUGCCUGUUGAAGCCCUUCAAGAAAAAUUCCAGGAAAACAAUUCAGUGGAUUCUUUUCCUUUUCCACCGGAGAAGGAAAGUAAACCGUCCCAUACUACUCAGCAACGGUCGCCUCUUUCGCAGAUCAACUAACAAGCAACUUACUUAUCAGUGUAAUGUUUCGACUAUAAGCGCUGCUGCACACAAGCCGACUGGAUGGACCCUUUCUUUCGGUGCAGAGUAAUGUUGUACUAGUGUUAUCCAUCCAUCCUUACAUCCCUUGCUGCCUGCUGUGCUGAGUAAUGUUGUUACCUCAUUCAUUCAUACACAUCACAUCACAUACAUACAUACUCUGUUGUAACUUCUUCUUUGUUGGUUUAUUAUAUCAGCUGUGUGUGUUAUAGUUUAACCUCUGUGAGUGGAGUGGAGUGGAGGACAUUUUCACAUUCGUUUUUGUUGGGACUGGGUUGACUCAACAUUUUUUGGACAUUUUCCAAAAGGUUUCAUACUAAUGGAGUUCACUUGAGACUUGAGACUUAUAAGAUGUGCAAUUUUCUUCGCAACUUCCGAUGCGAGACUUAGAUUUGCAUCCCAACAAUUCCUAUAUUA